GUACGAGUGUGCGGAGGAAUUUCGGUGGCUGUACACCCAUCCUGCUUGGCUGGACGAGGACGGAGAAUCUGAACCUCGUGUACGGGGUUCGAGCACGGUUUGCCGCGCGGAUGGGAGCGAGACGGAGCUAUAUACAACCGUUUUCGCGGCGAGGAUGGAGAAGAGGGAGACGAUGAACGCAGUGCGGAAGCGUUUCGUAUACCAGCACGUUCCGAAUUAGGCGUCGGUGAACUGAUGGUGGUGCGGCUGUGCUACUCCGGUGGUGCGGCCUUCUCCUUACACCUUCUCUACCGUGAUUCCGCGUUACACCGGCCUGAUUGUCUCGGUUACCGUAUACUACUACCGGUUUGUAGUAAGCAAAGCUUACACAAGGCUUGGAUCGGAAGAGGGAGAAGGAAUAAGACGCUUCGAUCUGCGCCGUUCACGAUUUUUCGGUAAACAUGGGGCGACUCCGUUCGAUGCCUUGGACUCGCUUCGUUGGACGAUAUUGAUUGCCCCGUUCAGAUAGCCGAAACUCCGUUUACAUGAUGCUGACAGCUGCCUUUUACAUAAUUUGAAUAGAUACGUGGAAAGAUACAGAUGUUACAGACUGUCCAGGAUGGACGUAAUAGCGUACAAUCACCAUCACGAGAUCGCGAGCGUCGAGUACAGUAUCGAUGACGGUGACCUCGAGAGCCAGAAUGAGGACGAAGACGAGGAUAUAUCCCCGUAUAUCGACAUCGAUCAGCGUGUUCUGACCCUGGAACGGCUGUCCGCUGCAAAUGGCGAGAAGAAAGACAAGGCGCCGUUGAGGAGAAGUUUAUUCUCGUACGUGGCGCCGUACAUCGUGUUCCAGUCGUUCGACUGCAAGGGGCCAAUAAUGCCGCACGAAGUAACCAAACACCUGAAGUGGCAUCUCAGCACGAUCACACCAUUAAUCGUACGUCGUACCUUGAUCAACUCAGGUUUUCAACUGAUGAAGAGGUGCCAGGAGUGGUGCGGCACCUGGGGCAAGCACAUGAAGUCGUCGUGCUUCAGGACGGUGAAGGAGUCGCAGAAGAUCAAUCAUUUUCCGGGCACGUUCCAGAUAGGGCGUAAGGAUUGUCUCUGGGUGAACCUGAGCAAGAUGAUGUUGAAACACGAGGUGAAGGAGUUCGAUUUCGUUCCGCGCACCUACGUUCUGCCCCGCGAUCUCACCUGUUUCCGUCAAGUUUGGAAAAAGUUCGGCAGCAAGGGGAAAUGGAUCGUGAAACCGCCCGCCUCAGCCCGGGGUACGGGCAUCAAGGUGGUGCACCGUUGGUCCCAGAUACCGAGGAAACGGGCCGUGAUAGUGCAACAAUACCUGUCCAGGCCUAAGCUGAUAAGCGGCGCCAAGUUCGAUCUGCGCCUCUACGUUCUUGUAACGAGUUUCAACCCUUUGAAGAUCUACCUCUACCCGGACGGCUUGGUCCGUUUCGCCUCGGUCAAAUACAACGACGACAUAAACUACCUCAGCGACCGUUUCAUGCAUUUGACCAAUUACAGCAUCAACAAGACGAACUCCACCUACACUAGCAACGACUGCGUUGACUCUUGCACGGGGCACAAAUGGGCGCUAAGAACUCUUUGGUCGUACCUUGAGAAGGAGCACGUGAACGUUUCGAAAUUGUGGGCGACCAUGAAGGACAUAGUGGUGAAAACGAUGAUCGCCGGCGAGUCGAACAUCACCCCUUUGACCAGGGUCAACACGACAUCGCGUUACUGUUGCUACGAAUUGUUCGGAUUCGACAUCCUUCUCGACGAGAAUUUGAAACCGUGGCUGCUCGAGGUGAACAUAUCGCCCUCGUUGCAAUCCUCCUCGCCUCUCGACACCGCCAUCAAGGGUCCAUUGAUCAAGACUGUGUUCAACAUAGCCGGAUACCAAUUGCCAAACACGUUGUCGUUCGAGGAAGCGAGGAAACUAGCGGAGAAGUAUGAGUUGGAUAUGGUGUGCCAGGAUUACAGGCUGCAUAAACUCGGGUUGAACAACCAGGAACGGAUUAAACAUUCGAUCUAUAUGAAUUUGAGGAAUCGUGAGGAUUACGUGGAGUCCAUUAUCAAAAAUCUGACCCCGGACGACGUUAGACAAUUGGUCAUGUACGAGGACGAGCUGACGCAAUUGGACAGGUUCGAGAAGAUCUUUCCAACUGCCAAUAGCUACGAGUACCUGCAGUACUUUGACGUUCCAAGGUACUAUAACAUGUUGUUUGACGCGUGGGAGGUGAAAUACGCGGAUAACAGAUCGGAAGGGAUAAUGAGAUUGCAGAAACUGUGCCAGCAAAAGUAUCAUUUGGAACCGGUCUGUUAAUAAGGGAUACAUUGUGUUCUUAUUUAGGGACCUAAACUGUAUAAGGGUUUUUUUUUUUUUUUUUUUUUUUAUAUAUAUAUAUAUAUAUAGCUUAAACUCAUAAUCGAUAAAGCGACGUGAAAAAAUGAAUCAGAAAAGGAAAGAAAAAAGAGAAAAAUAGAAAAAAAAGAAAACACAAAGUCCUUCGUUCUAUCCCUUUUUUAUAUAGAUAUACGUAAUAUAUACAUCGUACACCAACUUGUAUAGGAAAUACAAUUGUUGUAUAGAAAUGAUUGGAUAGAAAGGUUACGUCACCAGAUGUUUACGUCAUGUGCCUUUACUACGGUUGUGCAAAUUUACCUUAAUGUAAAUGGCAUUAUUUGACUUAAUAAAACUGAUUUUACAACGAUAGAAAUUGUCGCAAUGGAUUUUUUUCUUUCUUUUUCUAGUUUUCUUAUUUUCUUUUUGCUUUUUAAAUUUCAAUUUAACCGGGAAGGAUGUACCAAUACCAAACGCGAUUAAGAUCGAUCCAUACAGGUUUGUAAAACUUUUUUAUGGUCUUUUUUGUAAUAUUCGCACAUCGCAAUUGCAUUGCUCAGAUUGAAAAUAACUUUUCGACGUUUUCCACGAUCAGAUGAGAUUAAUUAACGAAUUAAAUUGGACUGUUUAAUUUUUUUAUUUUAUAAAGAGAUAAUAAUAUCAUUGUCAAAUUAUUUUAUAUGAAAAACGAUUAUAUCGAUAACGUAAGUAUGUUUUUAACACGUUCGGUUCUUAUUUAAUUUUUAUUACAAAACAAGAUUGAGUUGUAGUAUAGUAUAGUGUAUUUAAUUUUUAUUCGAUAGAAGGUUAAUGAUUAAGUUUUCCGAAUCGUCUUAUUUGAAAAAUCAAAUUGAUAAAUGGUAUCAUUAUUUAUUUUAUGUUUAUUAUCGAUAAUUUUAGAUAUUCACACAGGGCAGAACGUGUUAGCGAAAACAUUUAAUAUUAGAUAUUAAUUAAAAGUUACUUAGCAUUAUUGAACGAAUCCCUUAUUUUUGCGCAUUAUAUUAACCAGUGUUAACCAUUGAACACUGUUUUAAUGAUUAUUGAAAGGAAUAAUAAUAUCAUUUAUUUAAUAAUACCAUAACAAACAAUAUUAUUUUAUUUUCCGUUUGAAAUAUGAUUUGUAUCUAUUUACACCAACAACGAAUUCGAAAUAUUAGGUUAAUUUUACGGAAAAAGACAUGCAAAUUACAGUGUCAAUUAUUUCGUUUAUUAUUGUAAUUUUUUUUCUUUUUUUAAAUUCUUCG